AUGGCCAUGAAGAAGCUCGUCUGCCUCGCCAGCAUUGCUGCGCAACACCUCGUUGCAGCUCGAGUCAUUGGCUCCCAUGACCGAAGAGCCGACGAUGUCUUUGUCCCAGUCGGUGUCGCGGUUGGAACCGCCCCACAGGUCCAAACGCAGCAGUACGCGCCAUUUACGCUCGACGACACCACCCCGGUGGCCACGCUCAACUACGGCGGCGAAAGCGCGGGAUACCCUUUCUUCGAGGUAUCCUCGCUCACCGAGCCACUGCAAGUCGAGGUAAAGUACACCGAGGAGUUCGGUGGGCUGAAUCAGCCGUUCAGCGACGGGCCUUUCGCGUACAGCAACCAGCUCGGGAAUACGUUCCGGGUAGAGACUUUCAACAUCACCACCACGGGGAUACUCGUGGCUCCGCUACUUCAGGGAGGCCAGAAGUGGCAGUCGCUUCAACUGCUGACCCCGGGGUCAGUCUCAUUUUCCCAAGUUGGUUUUGAGGCCACCAUCGACACGGUCCAGCCGGAGGAUCUCCCUGGGCAGUUCAGCAGCGAUGACGAGAUUUUGGAUGAGAUCUGGAAACUUGGUGCCAGGUCAGCCACGGCGGCCUGUUUCGACAAGGGCUCGCAGAAGGCUAUUUGGGAGGUUGAUGCUGAGAAAGGCGUGUUGGCGAGAAAUUCGCGUCCAUCAUUGACAGCGGAAGCCACGGCAUGGGGGAAUUAUACGCUCGAGUUCGACACUUUGAUCCAGAAGGGGGGCAGCUGGUGGUCAGUUGCGGCACCCAUCAAGGGUAACGGAUACACCAUGCUUCUUACCGGAGAGCUCCCAGAGGCGACCCGGUUCGCGAACACGAACACUUCCUUAACGCCACCGAACACCAUCUCUCUGGCAUUUGGCGUCGACUUUGUCAACCAAACGACACUUACUACCUGGGUACUGGACGUUUUCGAGGUCCCAUUCGCAGUGCAGGAGAAUACAUGGCACCACAUCACCACCUCACUAUCACCAAGCGGAUACCUGGCAGUCUCCAUCAACGACACCCAAAUCUUCAACAUCUCCCGGGCCGCCUACCCGCUCGCCACAGGUGCCUUCUCAGGCUCGUUCGGCUUCGGCGCCUACCAAGACCAAGCAGCCUACUUCAGGAACGCCGAGGUCCACGACACCGCUAACGGCACGUCCCUCUACUCGAACGCCCUCACGAGCCAGGUCGCCUUAGUUGAGGACGGCACCGCAGAGGUGGCCGCGAGCGUGUGCCUGGACGGACCGAAGCGAGACCGGCUGGUCUGGCUGGGCGACUUCUACCACACGGCGCGGAUCCUGGCGGCGAGCACGUCGCGCGUCGACCACUCGCGCGGCACGCUGCAGUUCCUGCUCGACUCGCAACUGGCCAACGGGCAGCUUAACAUCUCGCCCAACCUCGGCUACGACGUCAAGGCCACGGCCGAAGCGAUGGCCGCGCCCGCGGGGAGUUUCGGCCUGCCCGACUACCAGAUCCUGGGGCUCAUCUCGUUCGGCGACCACGUGCGACUGCACGGCGACGUCGAGUGGGCGCGGGACACCUGGGAGGGGUGGCAGAAGACGAUCGACUGGUUGCUAGGGACCAUCAAUGGCACCACGGAGCUCGUCACGCUCCCUAGCCCUUUUGCGUUCAUCGGCGGCCCUGACGCCGGAUCGCCCGUCUCGUGCGCCACGGUCCAGGCCCUGAGCGGUGUCGCCGACGUAGCCGCCGCGAUAAAUGACACCGAGUCAGCAGAGCGCUAUAGAGCCGCUGCUUCAUCACUUACCGACGCAGUCAACGCGAAGCUCUGGAACGAGGGUAUCGGAGCGUACUCGUACUCCAUCUACAACCUCACCGACAUCUCCGUCCCAGGGACCGCCUUCUGCAUUACUUCGGGGGUAGCGUCGCCAGACCAGACAGCCCGCUCGAUCUCAGCGCUGUCGAGCCUGCGCCUCGGACCAGGCUACAAGGACUCGUCGGCAGUUUCAUCGACCGACCCGGAUGUCAACAUCUCGCCCAACACGAACGGCUUCUUGCUGCCGGCCCUGUUCCAGGGCAACGCGACGGCCGAGGCGGGCGAGCUGCUGCGGGAGCUCUGGGGCGCCAUGCUGGCGAGCAACGAAACGAACGUCGGCGCCAGCUGGGAAUAUGUCAACUCGGCGACGCUGGCGCCCGGGCUGGGCCUCUUCACCAGCCUCAGCCACCCCUGGGGCGGGGCGCCGACGUACGUGCUGACCGAGUGGGCGGCGGGGUUGAGACCCGCGGCAGGGGUCGAGGGCUUUGGGUAUAAGUCGUGGGUUCUUGCGCCUGAGACUGGGGCCCAGUUGGGGCUGAAGCAGGCGAGUGCGAGGGUCGUCACGCCGUUUGGGGAUCUGAGUGUUGAGUGGGAGGUUGAGGGGCAGAAUGUCUCUGCUACGAUUGAGGCACCGGCCGAGACGAGUGGCAGCUUUGUCUAUGGAGACCAUGUUGUGGCUUUGAGUGGCAACACCACUUAUCAGUUCUCCGUAGAUAUUUCCACAUGA